AUGGGGGACUCUGAGCAUUCUCUCCGCGUCAAUAACUACCCGUGUCUGCUGCCACUUUUACCCACUCUGAAGCAGCCUUCCACGACCUCUUCUCCCUCCCUGCUUCGGAGCGCUGUCGGCGGGCCUCGAAACUCUUCUCUCCCAUUCAGGCCACCAGCUGCUGUAGUCACCGUCAAAUCCGACAAUGCGACCGCCACGUCUUGUUGCAGUCUUUUCUCCCUAACGCGGCGUUGCUGUCCAGUGAACCCCGGAGUUAAAAAUCUCAUCCUUCUCGCCACCCACCGUGUUUUCCGGUAUCAAGGGAGUGCGAGGCAGUCACGACUGGACAAGCGACUGCCCUUCUGCUCAAUCGACUGCAAUGGCUCGCCCAACAGCUUAUACGCCUUUGAAAGAGCUUCAAAACGCUCUAAGACGAUGUCAAAACAUCGCGCAUACCAUCUCUCGCAUCCACUUCCCCUCUCCCCGCCCAUCCACACACAUUCCAUGGCCGCGUCCCAAAAAGGAAGUCACGUGCGAGACGUCCCCGCGAAAGACGUCGAAGUAUCGCGGGGUACGCGGGGUCUGCGGGUCUAUUGA